AUGAAGAACAUAUUCAAAGCACUUAAGCUGAAUUUCAAAGUUUUUUCUCGCCGGACCAUACAUGAUCCCAGUAUUCUAUUGCAAUGGCCUGAAGAGCCAUUUGAUCUUCCUGCCGAUCAAAAUGGUGGAUUCUAUCCUGCGAUACUGGGAAAUAAACUUAAUUCAACAUAUACCAUUGUUCAGAAACUUGGAUGGGGCCAACACUCUAGCAUUUGGCUGGCGAAGCAUGGAGGAGAACACGAGUGUCAGUACGUCGCAGUCAAGAUACUGACAGCCCAUGCGACGCAAGUGCAACUUCAGCUUUCUGAUGAGCUUGGCUUCCUACAAUCUGUAAGAGAUUUGGCAGGGGAGUCAAGACAUCCCGGGCAAGCCCAUAUUGUCGCAUUGCUAGACAGUUUUGAAGUAUCGAGUACCCAAGGUCGUCAUCUCUGCUUGGUGUACGAAGCUAUGGGCAUAUUCCCGAAGGUUGACAGAGGUCUCCCAGUUUCAUUGGUCAAGGCUGUGGUAAAACAGCUGCUUCUCGCCUUAGAUUUUCUACACCAUGAAUGUCAUGUGGUUCAUACUGAUCUUAAGCCCGACAACAUCCUCGUCGAACUUGAUAAUGUGGACACUGCUAUUAAAAUCCGGGAAGAAUCACGCUCUAUAACUCCCAUGCAAGUGGUCUCGUCCGAACCUCCCAGUCAUGCUAUCCUGUCUCAUCCAAUACAUGUAUUUAGCUCAGAUGAGCUGCUCAACUUGAUUCAGUUCUCAAAACUUAAUGUCAAGUUGACCAACUUUGGUACUGGCGAGUCCCCAAAUAUUAUAGUGAUCCUGGUCGUAACUUAUCACCACAUUUUAGCCGUCUCUAUAAAUGGAUUCCAUCCUGAUAUCAUUCAACCUUUUGCUCUACGCGCACUGGAGGUCAUCCUAGGAUGUGAGUGGGGUCCAAGCGCAGAUAUCUGGAAUUUGGCAUGCUUGGCAAGAUCAUUUUAUAGGUUUGUUUCUUCAUUUAACACCGAACCGUGUCUGUAG